ACACAAUACAAUCGCCCUCCGGAGGGCUGAAACGACUGCUGCAUGAGCCCUGUGAGCGCAUUUUGCGGCCAUUUCGUCCCAUUUUUUCAUCCGUCUGCGCGGAUCCACCCCUCUGCCACCCUGCCGCCCCUCCAUGGUACACGCAGGUUCGAGACGCGCACCUUCCUCGCGCAUUCAUCACUGGAGGUUCUGGCUCAAUCACAUGCUACAUUUGUCUGCUGGGGAUGGAAGCAGCAGGCGUACCUCAGGAGUCCCGCUUCAUCCGCCGCUUCUGCUGCAACCUCUGACAUAGACUUUCUUCCCACACAGGGCCUUCUUCAAGAUCUGGAGGAGACUGUGCUGUCACCAUGAAGGUACUAGUCGGCCUGUACUGCCUUACUUGCGUGUCCGUGCUGCGGGCACAGAGGAUCGGAUCAUCAAGAAGGAUCUGCGGGAGCGAUCGGACAGCACCUGAGAUAAAACUGGGAGGUAUGUUCGUAGAACAAAGCAUGGUGCAACCUUACAGAGAUGCUGUGAUAGAGGCGAACUAUCGCAGCGGCCAGACCCUGGAAAUCAAGCCGCUUGAGAAAGUCCUGAAGAAUGUGACUCCCGACAAUAUUGUCAGGAGCAUGUGUGAAGAUUUGGUGAAGAAGGGAGUAAACGCUGUCAUCUAUGGAGGUGAUGAGGACAACGUCAAGUCGACUUUGUAUGUGAAGCAAAUAGCAGGAGAGCUAGGAAUGCCCAUCCUUAUGGCUGGGGGAGGAAGCUCGGAAAUUCUGCAUUCUCAGGAUAACCCCUUCUACCCGCUGCUGCUAAGAAGCUCCAUAGCCCAGCAGGUUGAGGUGAUAAUCGCCGUGCUGAAGCUGCAGCGCUGGUACCGGUUCUCCGUGGUGACCAGUGAGAUGCCAGGACAUCGGCUCUUCCAGAAGACACUGAGAGACAAGGUCGCCAACUUCAAAGAGAAUGAGGAAAAAGGAGUGUGGUCUAUCUAUAGAACCUUUACGUUAAACGUCCACCCGACCAGCUCAGUUCAAGACGUGAAAGCUCAACUGGUUGGAAGAAACAUGUCACAAGUCGUUCUGCUCUAUUGUUCCAAGAGAGAAGCGAAGACCAUUUUCCAGGCUGCCGGGGCGUUAGGGUACACCAGCGAGGAUUUUGUUUGGAUUGCAGCAGAAUCAGUUAUAGGAGAUUUCACGAAGCUCAGAGAGGCCCCACCGCAGUAUCCAGUCGGACUGUUGUCUCUGGUGUCACAAAGUCAAAAAUAUAAUAAGGAAGCUACCAUCAGGACAGGUGUUUUGCUGUACAUGGAGGCUUUGAGACAGUACAUUCAGGACGGAAAUUCUGUCAGCGAUCUACAAACAUACAACUGCAGAAACAUCAGAGGAACUCGGUCUUCAAAUGCAACCAAGUUACUUUACAGAUACCUUACCAGCACAACAAUAGAAGAUUUGGAUAUAAAGUUCAACGAGGACGGCACCACGACGAUUAGCACUUUCGACAUCAUGAACGUGGACGGUAGGAAGUUAUGGGAACGGGUGGGAAGCUGGAAUAAAGACAGCCUGUACAUGGAAGGGGUGACAUGGCCGGGGAAUAAGGCAUCUCCUCCUAACGGAAUCUCUAAGGACAAACACAUCCGUAUUGUUGCCGUCCUGGAGCACCCCUUCAUUACGGCCACCGAGCCGGACAUCACAGGAGAGUGUCAUAACACUGUGGAAUGCAAGAAAAUAAACCGUACCGCCAGGGGAGGGAUCAAGAUGUGCUGUACGGGAUUCUGCAUCGACCUGCUGAAGGAGCUGGCCAGAGACGUCAUGUUCUCCUACGACCUGUACCUGGUGCCGGACAACAAACACGGCAAAUACGAGAAGGGAAAAUGGACGGGCUGCAUAGGCGAGCUCGUGAAGGGUCACGCCCAAAUGGCCCUAGGGUCCAUUACAAUUACCAAAGAGAGAGCGACGGUUGUCGACUUUUCCAUGCCGUUUGUGGAGACGGGGAUAUCCGUCAUGACCAGGAGACGGAAGGGGGUCGUGCCAGCCACAGCAUUUCUAGAACCUUUCGAUGUUUUCGCAUGGAUGGCGAUGUUUGCGGUGUGCCUGUCGUGCGUAGCUUUUACCGUUAUGGCCUUCGAGUUCUUCAGUCCGGAGGGAUACGCGGGCAACCUUCACCCGUCAGAUGACGCUCCACCAAGAGCAAGUGAAGCUGGCAGAUUCACAGUGGGAAAAGCUUUCUGGCUCCUCUGGGCCCUCAUCUUCAACAACUCCGUGCCAGUUGAGAAUCCUCGCGGUGCGACCAGCAAGUACAUGAUCACCUUCUGGGCGUUCUUCGCCGUCAUCUUCCUGGCGACCUACACAGCCAACCUGGCAGCUUUCAUGAUCCAGGAGGAGUACACGGAGGCCAUUACCGGGCUGACAGACGAAAAGUUCAGCAAUCCGUACGCCCACUCAUUCAGGUUCGGAACGAAACCCAACGGCAGUACCGAAGCUUUUAUUGCCAAGAAUUUCAGGAGAAUGCACGAGUACAUGAAUAGGUACAACCAACCGAGCGUCAAUGCCGCAAUAACAGCCCUAAAGGGAGGCACCCUGGACGCCUUCAUCUACGAUGCCGCCGUGCUGAACUACGAAGCGGGGAAGGACGAAGGCUGUCAACUCCGAACCAUCGCGCACGGCAAUGUGUUCGCCACCACCGGCUACGGUAUAGGCUUUCCCAAGAACUCGGAGUGGGUCGACGAUAUCGACCUCGCUCUCCUUUCGUAUUUUGCGAAUGGUAAACUGGAAGAGCUGCACGAACUGUGGCUGACAGGAUCGUGCAACCAGGCGUCGUCUGAUCUGGACACCCACCCGCUCGGCAUAGAGAACACCGCUGGAGUGUUCUACCUCCUCCUGGCCGCCAUAGUCCUCAGCAUCGUCAUCCUGUUUCUAGAGCACUUCUUCUACAGGUGCUUACGGGAGCCACUGAGGCGGUGUGAAUUCGACAAGAAAGAACUAUUGGCAAUCGUUAGCAGGGGCACCCACGGCUGUUUGAAGGGAGAGGAGGUUGGGCGGAAGAGGAAAAAGAGGAAAAGAUCUGAAGUGGAAGCGGACGUUAUAAUGGCGACCAGGGCGUUUGCUUACAGUUCAGUCAAGCAUAGCAAACCUUACAUGUCAGAGUUGUAUGCCGAAGAUAACGAGAACGAGAGCGAAAAUGCCAAAGGAAAGGAUGCUAUAGAGAAAGCAUUUGUCAAUCACCUUGUCAGCGCAGUGUCAAACAAAAGACAAAACCUGCCGAACCCAUUUUUGAAGCCCGACAGACCUCGGAUGUCCAGAAGCGCGCACCAGUCGCCCGUGAUGCGGCCCCAACAACCCCUCCACAACCCCUUCCUGAGGCAGCCCAGCCCUCGGCGGAGGAGUUUCCACGAGUUGCACCUCAACACCUUCCCCAUGAACCCCAAGCCUCGAACGAGAAAUGUGCAUACCGUCGUAGGAGUGAGUCCAUUCCUGAAACACGUCAAUGCCAACCACCAGGCGAACUAUCUGCGACAGGACAACCCACCCCGACCGAGAAGUGCCGUUGAAUUCCCAUUUAAAGAACUUGAGCCAAACGGCAUCGUUCUGCAAAGACUGCCGGGGAGACGGGAGUCGGCAGUAUGACCGGAGCCCCACCACACGAGCUGGCGAUCAACACACCAGCCAGCUGCAAGCCUAACCACACAAAUACAUGGUGGAAGGGACAAGCACGUUACAGAUGAAAUCAUCAGUACUGGUUAUUGUUUUCAAAGAAAUCCUUGGCUGGAAAGAUCGCCUUUUUUACGGCCGAUAUCACCAUCGUAUCAAUGUCUACCAUCGCCUUCGGUUCCUUCAGAUUAUAGUCUGUUCAGUUGCUUUUGCCAUCAAGAACACGAACUUUCUGCAAGGCUUGGCACCGUAUUCCCGACAUGAAAACUCAGGAGACUCUUAAGUCGGUGGUAAGACUGCGAAAUGUCAUGCCUUCGAGGUGUGAAAACUUACCCGUUGCAAACUUGAAUACAACUGUCCUUCAGGAACUUUCAAACCUGCUUUUGAUGUGAGCCACACGAGACUACGAAGAAAAAUCGUUUCCAUUUGUACCACGAUUUUGCGUCGUAGACUUUUGAUGAAUCUACACCGAAACUCUUUAUAUUAUUUUACUCAGGUUUGUAGGCAUGGAAUCAUUGUACCAAGGCCACCAACAAUAAGAACUAAAUACUAUGAGAACGUCUACUGGGGGACAGUGGAACUAGGAUUCAGCAUAUGAAGCACUGCUAUACCAUCACCAACGGGCCUUUUAUAACGUCCCUGUAAAUAUUAAUGUACAGAAUAGGAAAAUAGAGGACCGUAUUUCUGUAUUGUGGAUGAAUUUUCCGUGAAAUGUCCAUCUGCAAGCUACAUAUCAGAGUCAAGUUGAAUGAAUAUAGUAUCCCGACCUGUUGAUAUCCUACCUUAUUGUACAGUAGCCGACAGAAAGCUGCUACCGGAGUGUUGCCUGGCCUUUUCAUUUCUUUCCAGUGGUUUCUACGGUGCGGUCGAGUAGUAGUAAGAACCUGUAACUACAACAGGCAACCUAGAUAUGUCGUCCUACUAUUUCUAGUGACAAUUCCUCCUCAGAGGAUACGUGUCUGGUGAAGACAGAUUGUCUUAUGGUAUAAGAAACGUAAGCAUCUUGUGCAGUAAUGAAACUAACCUUGACCAUGAGCAAGCGGGCCAUCCUUCAAAUUGCGUACACUCUGGUACUCAGUAAUUCUUUAACAUACUAUCUCCCAAUGUGGAUUUAGUGAGUAAAUUUAU